GAGCGUCCCCGCCCCUGCGCAUGCGCGGUGCUCCCUCGCUGCGUAGCUGGGCGCGCCAGCGGCGUAUACGAUCCACGCGCUCUGCAUGCCGCCAUGAAGUUCGCCUAUCGGUUCUCCGGUUUACUGGGCACCGUGUACCGCCGCGGGAACCUCAACUUCACCCGCGAUGGCAGCUGUCUCAUUAGCCCCGUCGGGAACAGGAUCUCUCUCUUCGAUCUGAAGAAUAAUAAAUGUGAAACGUUCCCACUGGCCACACGGCACAAUAUUGUGUGUGUGGGACUCUCUCCAGAUGGAAGCCUUGCCAUCCUUGUUGAUGAAGAGGGAGCUGCCUUGCUCGUCAGUUUGGUUGGUAAAUCUGUGAUACAUCAGUUUCAUUUCCACAAGCCAGUGCACAGUGUCUCCUUUUCCCCUGAUGGCAAGAGGUUUGUGAUCACAAAAGACAAUGUUGCUCUUCUGUACCAUGCUCCUGGGAAGAGACGAGAAUUCAACGCAUUUGUUCUGGACAAAACUUACUAUGGUCCAUAUGAUGAAACAACUUGUAUUGACUGGACUGAUGAUUCCAAGUGUUUUGCAAUUGGAAGCAAGGACAUGUCUACAUGGGUGUUUGGAGCAGAGCGAUGGGCAAACUUGAUAUAUUACUCACUCAGUGGGCAUAAGGAUGUAAUAGUAGCCUGCUUUUUUGAAGAGGACAGUCUUGAUGUAUGUAUAUAAUGAUACUACAUUCCU